AUGGCGACGAUUCACGUUUUUAGAACUGCUGAGACUCAAUUUGACGCAGAGCCAAAAUUCAGGAACGCGAGAGACUCGAGCUUGUCAGAGAAGGGUCUCGAACAAUGUAUGAAAUUCUCCUGUCACUCUGGGUUCCUCCCACUUAUGCAACAUGUUACCCACGUAGUAUCUUCGCCCUUGUGCAGCUCUCUCUACUCCUGCCGCAUCGCAUUCGACCGUAUUGUUUCGAGCAAGACUAUCAUCGUUCGCCCAGAGCUUAUGGAUGUAGGAUGUCCCACCCCGAGUUUUGGAUCAGACAAGAUGAAGCUUUUUUUGAUGUUCGGCGAGCAGGUGAAUCUAGAUGCGCUUCCGAACGGAUGGGAAGAUAUCGACCCGAGCAGCGAGUAUGCCCACUACGAUUUACAGAAGAUCAAGGCACGGACAAGUGCUGGAAGACGAUGGCUGAUGGACCUCGCACGUACCGCUGGCGAGAAAGCUCACAUCGUGGUCAUGACCCACGGCCAGACUGCUCACUUGCUUACUGACGAUUUCCAGGGCGUCGAGCCCCCUUACUCAGCUAACUGGGAUGGGGACCUGAGCUGGCGCUCUUACAAGUUCGAUUUUGCUGCCGAGAAGAUGGUCGAAACACCGUCCAGCCGAGUGAGAAGAGGAGUAUCGGCAGAUAUCAAUACGUUUACUGAGGAUGAGAACGAUCGUAUUAGGGCGAUGAUAGAAGACCGGAUUGAGAAGCGUGCGCCGCUAGUUCAGGCUUACCAAGCUGAACAUUGUCAAAUUGAGGCUACUAGGUAUCAAGUGGUCACGUAA